AUGGACGAUUUCGCUCCUCCAAGCGGUCCCCCGCCUCCCAAGGCACCUGUGGUUCCCGAGGGAUGGACUGCGCGAUGGAAUGAUCAGUACAAGGAAUGGUUCUACGUAAACAUUCACACCAAGCAGUCCCAAUGGGAUAAGCCUACUGCUCCUGCGUACCCAGCUGGUAACGGCGCCCCAGAUGGCCCUCCUCCUGGGUACGUACAUAGUGACAGCCCCGCGCCGUCCGAUGUCAAGAUCAACCCCUACGACGACCCAGUCAACAGAUCCGGCGGCGGCUCUUCAAACACUGAGGAUGAGGAUGCCAAAUUUGCUGCCAGGCUUCAGGCCGAGGAAGAUGCUCGCGCCCGAGCCGGUCCCGGUGGACCCCAAGUCCCUCCCGGCUACGGCUCAAGUAGCCCCGCUCAAGGCUCUUAUCCCGCAGAGCUUCCUCCCAGGGAUCGAGGCAAGAGUGGCGGCGGCUUCCUUGGCAAGCUGCUCGGCAAGGGCAAGCAAAUGGCCUCAUCUCAAGGAGGCUCACAUGGUGGUGGCUACGGCGGUGGUGGCUACGGCGGCUACCCACCCCAGCAACAACAGCAGUACUAUCAACAGCAACAAGGCUAUCCCGGACAAGGUCCCCCGAUGGGCUACGGCGGCCAGCCUCAGUAUGGUCAACCUCAAUACGGCCAGUACGGCCAACCGCAAUACGGUCAACCUCAAUAUGGCCAACAGCAGUAUGGCGGCUACGGCCAACAGCAAUAUGGCAGGCCACAGAAGCAGGGUGGCGGUGGAAUGGGCAUGGCCGGAGGUGCCGCCCUCGGUCUGGGUGCCGGUGUCCUCGGUGGUGUCCUGAUCGCGGAUGCCAUGAACGACAAUGAACAGGAAGCGUAUCAGGAAGGAUACGAUGAUGGUGGCGGUGGUGACUUUGACGGCGGCGAGUAA